GCACCGUCGCGACUUCGAGUGUUCGUCUCAUCUCAGCAACGAUGGGUUGGGCCGAGAAGGGAAACCAAGUCCAAGGCAACCCGACGAGAGCGCACUAACAACGAUCACCGAACGCGAUAUGGAGCUCAGCACCAGAUUCAAACUGCCUCUUAGAGACAGUGCGACGGGUGAACGGCUUCACCCAAGUUUUGGGGAUGGCGGACGGGCGGCGUCGUUGCUGGUGGGGCGGACAAGUAUGACUCCUUCCGUUUCUUUGCGAACGGCGACUUCCACCUCCAUCGUCACCUCGAGGAGGGCACGCCUUCGAUUCUCACCGCAUGUUCGCCCGCCCGUCCGCUUUCUCCUCCAACCCUCUCUCAUCAUUUUUCACCGGUUAUCAUUCCACCCACCAUUCAUUGUUAGCACGCCAGAGCAGAACUUUGCGCAACACGACUCUCUCUUCAACAUCUCAAAUGGGCGACCAGAGCCUCUCGUUCACCGAGGGCGGCAACCGCUACGUAACCUGGCCGACCGAUCUGCUGUCCGUUGAACCGCCGCUCGAAAAUGGCAUCAUUGUCAUGGUCGUGAAACUCGAGCAGUCGGAAGCAGAUGCGCUCACCGAAGCGUCGCUGAACCGCAAAUUGGCCGACUGGAUCGCCCUCGAUGACGUCCUGAUCCCCGCCUUCCUGCACAACAUCUUGGUUCUUGUGCCGCAACCAACCUACCUCUACAGAUCCCUGAAGACAAUAUGGGGCUUCGACUGUCAUCUCCACUUCCGAAAAUUCGACUCUGCCGGAAUCGUGACCUUGGGGCCGCAUCUCAGUGUCAUUGGCCGCUUCUGGCAGAUAUACAGGCUGUGCGAUGACACCCAGGACGCUUUUCUUGUGACACUACGGCCUUCCACACAUGGACAGAGACUGUACAAGAAUGUGGCACAUGAUCAUGACGGGUCUUGCCUCUCUGUCGCCGUUGCAUCCCGGCUAGCAUUCCUUGACGAGAAACGCGACCUAGCGAAGUACCGAGUCGCACUGAAAGACGCAUUCGACCUGUGCGAUACACGGAUAUCCUUAUGCAGCAAAGCAAUCUACUCCCUUUACCCGCCCCAGACAUCAAGUGCAGCCGCUAUCGCACCGCUCAUCGGUCGCGGAAUUCAGAUUCUCGGUAAAACAAAGCUCAGCGCGUUCCUGGCAAGAGAAGAACCGUCCGAGGCUGUUGACUACCAGACAGCCUGGAAUCCGCGAGCAGAUGGAUAUCAGAGUCCAGGAGGUAGUAGUAGCGGAAGCGCUGCUGCGGUAGCGGCGUAUGACUGGCUCGAUAUUGGCAUUGGAACGGAUACGAACGGUAGUAUCCGGAGACCAGCUCAAUGCAAUGGCGUAUUCGGUUUGCGCGUAAGCCGUGGCGUCGUUCCGGCGCAUGGGAUGUUUUCUGUCUUCCCUACAUUCGACGUCCCCGGACUUUUCAGCAGAGACUUCGAGAAAAUAGUGGCUUUCGUCGCCGAGACUUAUGCACGCGAGCUGCUAUCCCCGGAUAUCCAAGGCCUCCCACGGAAGCUCGUCUACUUAACAGACAAUAUGCCAACGCAGCACACGGAGCAAAAACAGCUGGUCAUGAAACUUGUGGAUGAUCUACGCGAAUAUCUCGGCGUGGAUGCAGUUGCAGUGAGCCUCCAAAAGCUAUGGAAAGAUUUACCUCCCGCUCAGGUCCACGGGGAAUCUCUCCACGACUUUCUCAAGGAGGUCGGUGGCAGUACCUACCUGUUCGAGUAUUACCACAGGUUCGAUAAGUUCCGGCGGAAGUACCGUGAAAAAUUUGGGAAGGAUCCUUUCGUCGGCCAUUUCGUCCAAUGGCGCUGGCAAAUAGGGAAACAGUACACCCACGCACAGCACCAAGAAGGUAUGCGGAGAAUGAAUGUCUACGAAGGAUGGUGGCGACACCGCAUCCUCGAGGUCGGGAAGAAGAACACGCUCGUCGUUAUGAUGAGCGAGGAAGUGGCGCCGCGGUAUCGAGACGAUCCUCCACCAGACUGUCACGUCCAACCAGCGUGGCAUCAAUGGUGGGUGUCUCCCAUCCUUGGAGCUCCGGAAGUCGUGAUACCAAUUGGUGACAUCCCGUACGAGUCCCGCGUCACGCGUCGCACAGAACGUCUGCCAGUCGCCGCGUCACUGCUCUCGGAACCAGAAUCUGAUCUCCACUUGCUCGAACUGACGCAGGAUUUCCUGAGGAAAAAGCGUCGCCCGCUCGUCGUCUCGGCUGGACGCGAUAUGGGCAUGACCAGCCAUGCUGGGCAGAGCGCGGUGGUCCCAACCAUGCGAACAGGACGUUAGAUAUCCUUGCGUAUGAAAUGCGCAUCCAUGGUAUUACUUGGCUAUUAUAAGACAUAGCUAUACACACUUUUGCCAGCCCAGUCCAGUCCCAUCCAAACGCCUUCCCUGGGGUAUUCUCUGCCUGUGCAUGCAUUCUUCCUCGUCCUGUCGUCUGUUCUCUAUUCUGUCUGAUCUCAAGCUCCGCCUCUACCUAUGCCAACGCGAACCCAGCAACCAAUCCCCCCGCAAUCGCCCCCACAAUCUCCGGAUAGUUCGCAUGCGCCACGCCCGUACUUUGCUGCAGCGCCGACGCCGUCGACGAUGUCCCGCUCGGCGCAGUCGUCGUAGACGCCGCUGCCGCAGACGAAUCUGUCACGUCGGUCCCCGAGGACGCGGCCUCCGCAGCGGUGCUGGAAGCU